GCAUCGUGGUUUGAAUCAAGCAACCAAUGAAAUGCGCUGACGUUUAACUUCCGCCCAGUUAUCCGGUCUUGGCCAAUCAGCGUGCUGUCGUGCUGUUUGUCUCACAUUUUGAAUUCUCAUAGAAAGUUUACGGGCUUGGGAGCACUUUGAUGCGAAGAUGGAUUGUAAGGUUACAAUUUAUUGAGUGGAUUUUUAUGUAAUUAUGGCGUGUUUCCAUGCAGGUUGGCGCACGUAGAUCAUCUAUUUAUUUACUUCUCCCCGGAUGCUUCGACGUUGGCACAUGAACAUCUUCUAGUAGUGCUUUUCGCUAAAGUCAGCUAGCUGCUAGUCUCAUUAGUUAGCACCUACCAGUGUACUCGAACUAGCAAGCCAUCCUCUUUACAGCUGGUCUGCCAGCCAGCUUUCCUAACUCAAAAGAGUCGACCAUUCGUCUUGGAGAUUUGAAUACAUCCAACGGGACAUCGCUCAGGAUUGGGUCACCACCCCUUGUCACACCGCCAUGGCUGACUGCAGCAUAGUGACUAUUGGGACCACUCGCAGCCUGCUGGUUGACUUCUCUGUGAAUGACUCCAGAAUGGCAGAAACCUCCAAGGAGAACACUUUCCUGGGCUUGACACCAGAUGACAUGGAGGAGCUGCUGCCGCGGGUGGAGACGCGCGUUGUUCUAGUGGGGGAAGCUGGGAACAAUGCCGAGCUUGUGAAAGCACUUCAGGACAUCAAUAAGCCCUGCAUCAAGACUGACAAUGUCAAGGAGUUUGGCGACGGGGAGAAUGCAGAGUUUGAGACGGUGUUUGUGCUGACGGACUUCAAGUCUCCAGACUAUGAGUACCUGUACAAGAAUGACAACCGCAUCGUCGGGCCGCCCGUGGUCCUGCACUGUGCUGCCAAGGAGGAGCCCCUUCCGUUCUCCUGUCGGCCUCUCUACUCCACCACCAUGCUCAACCUCUCCUUGUGCUUCACUGGCUUCCGCAAGAAGGACGAAGUGGUUCACCUUGUCAAUCUGGUGCACCACAUGGGCGGGACCAUCCGCAAGGACUUCAGCGCCAAAGUCACCCAUCUCGUUGCUCACUCCACUCACGGAGAGAAAUUCAGGCUGGCUGUUUGCAUGGGCACCCCCAUUCUCACCCCCGAAUGGAUCCUCAAGGCCUGGGAACACAGGGACGACAUUGACUUCCAUGCUGGCAACGAGAACUUUCGGACGGAAUUCAAAGUCCCUCCGUUCCAGGACUGUGUCCUCAGCUUCCUGGGCUUCACUGAUGACGACAAAGCCAACAUGGAGGAGAGAACACUCAAACAUGGGGGCCAGUACCUGGAGGUGGGCAAUGACAAGUGCACUCACAUGGUGGUGGAGGAGAACUCCAUUAAGGAGCUGCCCUUCGCUCCCUCCAAAAGGCUCUACAUCGUCAAACAGGAGUGGUUUUGGGGGAGUAUUCAGAUGGAUGCGAGAGCAGGGGAGUCUAUGUACUCCUACGAAAAGCCGGAGAGCCCAGCAGCGAUGAAGAAGACGACGUCGCUGCUGUCGGUGCACACCACGCCCAACAGUAACCGCAAGCGGCGCCGGCUACGCGACACGCUGGCCCAGCUGACCAAGGAGACGGAGAUCUCGCCCUUCCCCCCGCUCAAGAGGCCCUCGGCCGAGCACUCGCUCUCCAUGGGCUCCCUGCUGGACAUCUCCAACACGCCAGAGACCUGCAAGACUCUGGGAGAGAUGGCUAAGCCCUCGAAGAGCUCCACGCCGGCGCUGGCCAAGCAGUCUGCCAGGUGGCAGGUGUCCAAGGAGCUCUACCAGACCGAGAGCAACUACGUGGGCAUCCUGGAUACCGUGCUGCAGCUCUUUAAAGACCCCCUGGAGAGGGAGGGGCAGGUGGGGGGCCCCAUCCUGGCCCAAGAGGAGAUCAAGACCAUCUUCGGCAGCAUCCCAGAGAUCUACGAGGUGCACACCAGGAUCAAGGCGGACCUGGAGGAGCUGGUGAUGAACUGGUCGGAGGACAAGAGUGUGGGCGACAUCAUCCUCAAAUACUCGAGAGACCUUGUGAAGGCCUAUCCACCGUUUGUCAACUUCUUUGAGAUGAGCAAGGAGACCAUUGUGCGCUGUGAGAAGCUGAAGCCCCGCUUCCAUGCCUUCCUCAAGAUCAAUCAGGCCAAGCCGGAGUGUGGGCGUCAGACGCUGGUGGAGCUGUUGAUUCGGCCGGUGCAGAGGCUGCCCAGCGUUGCUCUCCUGCUCAACGACAUAAAGAAGCAUACAUCAGAGGACAACCCGGACAAAAUCACUUUGGAGAAGGCCAUCGAGUCCCUCAAAGAAGUCAUGACGCACAUCAAUGAAGAUAAGAGGAAGACCGAAGGUCAGAAGCAAAUCUUUGAUGUGGUCUACGAGGUGGACGGAUGUCCGGCCAACCUGCUGUCGUCCCACCGAAGCCUGGUGCACAGGGUGGAGACCAUCGCCCUGGGAGACAAGCCCUGCGACCGCGGAGAGCACGUCACCCUCUUCCUCUUCAACGACUGUCUGGAGAUUGCGCGUAAGAGACACAAGGUGAUCAGCACGUUCCGCAGUCCGAUGGGCCAGACGCGGCCGCCUGCCCAGCUCAAGCACAUCGCCCUCAUGCCCCUCUCGCAGAUCCGACGGGUACUGGACCUGCAGGACACAGAGGAGUGCCAGAAUGCCUUUGCGUUGGUGGUGCGCCCGCCUACGGAACAGGAGAACCUGCUGUUCAGCUUCCAGUUGACUGCCGAGGACACGCUCAAGGCGGCCUGGCUCAAGACCCUGUGCCGACAAGUAGCCAACACCAUCUGCAGAGCCGACGCCGAGGACCUUAUUCAGUGCACAGAUCCCGACUCGCUGCAAGUGAGCACCAAAGAUAUGGACAGUACGCUGAGCCGGGCCUCCAGGGCCAUCAAGAAGACAUCAAAGAAGGUCACCAGGGCCUUCUCCCUGACCAAGACCCCUAAGCGUGUGUUCCAGCGAGCGCUGAUGGUGGGCAGCACCCCAGAGAAGAGCCCUGGAGCCAUGUCCACCACCUCCGAACACAUGAGCAGGGCAGGCAGCAGCUCCACACUGUCUAUGCUUCAUUCUCCGUCCAUGGUCAAUUUGCCCUCUUUGUUUGAGCGGAAGUAUCACACCUUCAGCCGAUCCUCAACACACCUCAUCUAAAUGUUCUUCUUCGUCUUCUUCCGGAUUUCACUCUAAGCUCCAAACAGUACUUACUUAACGUUCCUUAAUCCUCAAAGGUACAGCAUAUAUUUCCCCCCACACUUUCAAGUGUGUACCUAACACUUAGCUCAGACAAAUAUUGUCUGGCUUCAAACAUAUGAAGGAUAAUAUAUUUUUUUCUGUAUUUCUUUCACUUAUCUGGUAAUGAAAGAUUCAGGCACAAGUAAUUAAAGCAGUUACUGACAAAUGUAUGUAUGUUUCUUCACAGAAAAGGGCUAGACUUGUUUUCCGUAAUUAACAGAUGAAAGUACUCGCAAACAUUUAAUGGGAAAGACGCCUGUUUGGUUUCGGUUACCUUAUCUGUCGGCUUUUAUAAAGCUAUUAUAUGUUUUACUUUUGUUUCCAUGUGAUCAGGAUUAGUGGGGAAUGAGUCACGUUAAAUAGGCCAUUAUUUCCUUCUCUUUUGCUUUUUUAAAAUUGCAUUUUAUUAGUUUGUAUGUCUUGUGUAUGUGUGUUCGUGUAGUCUUGCGUAUUUAUACACUGAAAUCAUUUAUAUAAAUGGCCUAUGUAAAGCCCUCUCAGCAUUCCUCUUUUUUUCUAUUUAUGUAGUGUGUGAGUAUUAUCUUGUUUUUAUUUUCUGUGAUUUCUCCAAGUUCUUCUAUAAUAUAUUCAUAGUGUCAAAUAUCUUUUCUUAAUUCCUUUUCCACUGGAGAGAAGUUGAGUAGGACGAAUGGUCCUCUUAAAUCAAUGAAGUCGCUUACACACAAUAGUGACUUGAAAACAAUGCCUUUUACGAUUUCUAAGUGUGAUUUGUUUGUUUUAUUUCAAUAAAAGAGGCAACACUCAUUUGGACAUCCUUA